AUGGCAAAACCUCAUGUUCUAGUCAUACCGUAUCCGGCGCAAGGCCAUGUGAUGCCUACAAUGGAGCUAGCUCAACGGUUAGUCGGGAAAGGUGUGAAGGUUACAUUCGUGAACACGGAGGUCACCCACAAGCUCGUGAUCGGAAAUGGGUUAGACCAAGAUGGGUUCGGGGGUCUGAUGAAGAUGGUUUGGAUCCCUGAUGGGUUAGAACCAUGGGAGGACAGGACUGAUCUGUGUAAGCUGACCAUAUCACUACUGGAAUCCAUGGCAGAUAAGCUGGAAGAACUCAUAGAGAAGAUCAAUGAAGAAGAUGGCAGCAAAGUUAGUUGUGUUAUUGCUGAUGAUAGCAUGGGGUGGGCGAUAAGAGUUGCCAAGAAGAUGGGAAUUAGAAGAGCAGCUUUUUGGCCUGCAUCAGUUGCUACAUUGGCCUCCAUGUUUUCUUUUCAGAAAUUGAUUGAUGAUGGAGUUAUGGACAACGAUGGCAUGCCGUUACAAGAUCAGACGAUUCGGCUUUCCGAAACCAUGCCACCUUUACGAUCCACAAACCUCGCAUGGACGUGCUUUGAGGACUCGGGCACCGCAAAAGCAUUUUUUCGAUUGGUCGUAGAAGCCGUAGAGGCUGCUAGAUUGACCGAAUGGUUUAUAUGCAACUCAGCCACCGAGCUCGAGCCUGCAGCAUUUAGCCUGUACCCACAGCUGGUCCCAAUCGGCCCGCUGUUAGCUAGCAACCGGCUGGCUAACCAAACCGGCCACUUCUGGCAAGAAGACUCGACCUGUUUAGCAUGGCUUGAUCAACAGCCAGCCAGUUCAGUCAUUUAUAUAGCUUUUGGGAGCUUCACUAUAAUCAACCAAACCCAGUUCGAAGAAUUGGCACUUGGUCUCGAGCUUUGCAACAGACCGUUCUUGUGGGUGGUUCGACCGGGUAUGACCAAAGAGACCACGUACGCGGAUGGAUACAUUGAACGAGUCGGCUCUCGUGGAAGAAUCGUGAGUUGGGCACCGCAACAAAAGGUCUUGGCUCAUCCUUCGGUGGCUUGUUUUGUGAGCCAUUGUGGUUGGAACUCAACUUUAGAGGGUGUGACCCAUGGACGCCCGUUCUUGUGCUGGCCGUACUUUGCCGAUCAAUUUUAUAACGAAGAUUACAUUUGCGACAUCUGGAAGACGGGUCUACGGCUUAAGAAAGAUGAAACAGGUAUCGUUAGAGGAGGAGAAAUACGAAGUAAGGUCGAGGAGGUGCUUAGCAACAAAAAAUAUGCAACCAACGCCUUCGAUAUGAAAGAAAAGGUUACGGGAAGUAUCAGAGAACACGGACGCUCGCACAAAAAUCUUGGCGAUUUUAUCGAGUGGAUACACGAGAAAGAUACGAAUCAAUGCCAAGAAUCAACGUGAUGCUAUUGUCGUCUAUCGUUCAAUUUUCAAGAUUUUGUCAUCGGACAAAAGUUUGGUGUAUAA